GAGAAAAUAUAAACAGGAAAUAACUGGGUCAUCUUAAUAACAUAACAGGUAAGCAUUACAAAACUGUAGGGAACAAUUUGAGGAUGAUGAGGUAGAGUUUAUAUGAUUAUAAUUAUUGAAAACAUACAUAGAUUUCCAGAUUGCAGGGAGUUAUUUUAGUAGAGCUGCUGCUGCAGGCUAAUUUAAACAGAUGAGUCAUGUUAUUUCAUCAGCUCAACCAGCUGCCUGUUUAAUUAACUUCUCUUAGUGAAGAGCUUGUUUAUAGAAGCUGUAACUUUGUUGACAGCAUUAUUGGCAAACUCUUAGCUUGUUGUCAUGCAGCCAAAAGCUUAGAGUGAUGUUAAAGGCGUGUUAGUUUGGCAGAAAUUAGUCACCACCCAGUUCCCUACCCGCACUCAGCUGAUGUUAUGAUUUCAAUUUGUUGCACUAUGUUGGAAUUAAUUGUUUGUUUGUUUGUUUUUUAUUGCUCACUAUACCCACUACCACCUCUACCUUCACUCACUCCCUCAACUGCAUCACCCACAUGUCUCCUCUCCCCUCCCCUCACUCAUUCACCCAGACUCGGACAGCCUCUCCAGCCCCACCCGCCUCAGCCUUAGCCUGUCAGAUGGCUCUGAGGACCAGCUGGACCGCCUGCAGCAGGUGGAGCUGGCCAGGACCACACCCAUGUCUCAGUGGAGGGCGGGCACUGUGCAGGCUUGGCUUGAAGUUGUCAUGGCAAUGCCCAUGUACAUCCGCACCUGCUCGGAAAAUGUGAAGAGUGGCAAGGUUUUACUGGGGUUGACGGAUGAGGACCUGGAGCUGGGUUUAGGUGUCAGCAGUUUAAUGCAUCGCCGUAAACUCCGUCUUGCCAUCGAGGAUUACAGAGAUGCUGAGAAUGGCAGAGGGUUGUCCAAGGCUGCAGAUAUGGAUCACCACUGGGUGGCUAAAGCCUGGUUAAGUGAUGUGGGCUUGCCUCAGUAUUCUCAAGCUUUUCACACACACCUGAUAGACGGCCGCAUGCUGAACUCUCUGACACGUCGCGACCUUGAACGCCACCUCAACGUCAACAAAAAGUUCCACCAGGUCAGCUUGCUACUAGGCAUCGAACUGCUACACUUGCUCAAUUUCGACAAGGAGGCACUCCAGGCUCGCCGGGUACAAUGUGAGCACCAGAACAUUGAUCCACUGGUAUGGACCUCUCAUCGAGUCAUCAAAUGGAUCAGAGACAUUGACCUGAAGGAGUUUGCUGAAAGCCUCUUAAACAGUGGAGUUCAUGGUGCUGUCAUGGUGCUUGACCCGACUUUUAACACUGACGCCAUGGCGACAGUGCUGGGGAUCCCCAACAACAAACACAUGGUUCGCAGACACCUUGUUGAGGAGAUGAAAACUCUGAUUUGCUCAGCCAGGACAGAUGCCAAACAGGACUAUGAACGUCUAGGCCAGGGAACACCACCAACCCUGCUUCGGCAGAACUCCCUGGGCAGGCCACCAAGCUCAACCAGCCGGCACACUGAUGACGAGGGCUCACUGAGAAGAAGGGCUGUCAAGCCUCCAACAGGCUUCAGCCCCAAAGCUCGCAGCGGGCGGGACUUGAGUUGCCAUAGCAGCUACGGCUCCCUGCCACGGGAAGGUCGAGACCAUACUCCGCCCAGAGCAGAGGGAAGCCCUAUCCGUGGUUACACCAGCAUAGAGGUCACCAACGUGUGAGGUCACCAGAGUGCGACGAACACCGGACAUCAAUGUCAUCACAACCUCAAUUUACAUCACAGACAUUUGUCUUCUCUGUGUACCUGAACAUGAGAUGGUUAUUUUUUUUCUCAAGAUGAGCCUUUACAGUAAAGAUUGCACUUUUUAAAGGGAUGGGUUUCUUUUUUUCUUUUUCUUUUUUCUUCUACAAGUUUCCUGGUUUGAGGAAAACCCUGUCAGAGUCAUUGUGUGCCAGUGGUGUUCUGAUUGUUUCGAGGGCGACUGUUUCUAUUCCCCAACGCCAGAAUCAAGAGAUGGAGGACUGAAGCUAAAUGAUUAUUUUUCUAUUUCUUUGUGUGAAUGGUUCUUUGUGAACCAGGCAGGAUGUGACUUGGCAGUUUUGUUUUUGUUGACUUGUGUUUCUCUGAAGGAAAUGAGAUUUUAAAAAAGACAGUUUGUAGUAUACAGGGUACUUGAUGACAAAACGGGGAAAAAAAGUUUCUUAUCAGUGUAAAUUGUUCUUGCUUGAUUCAGUUGUUUAAAUUUCUGCUGUUUGUGAUGCCUUGCCAAUGUAGCUGAGGACAAUGAACAAAAAAAAAAAGACCUGAAUUGAAUUUUAAAAUCUUGGGUAUAUGUUUGAUAGUCAUUUUUCAUCUUGCACAUUUACACUGUUUUGUCCAAACAAAUGUAGCACCCUAUUCUGAUGUUUUAUACUGUGCAGUGAAUAUGGAAAAAUAUGUGGGCAAUGCCAACAAAAGAUGACUGCAGAGCUGUACGUCCAUGGAGGCCUAUGGGCUAAAAGGUGUGAGGAUGCAAAUAUGUGAAAAGGUAAGACUGUUCCUUUGAAUGAAAUAAAAGAAAUACAUUAAAAUAUCAUGAUUGCACUGUUGCACACAUCUUCAGCAGGAAGUCCAACAGAGACAUGGGUGGAUUGUGGAUGUAACCUCUUAAACUGUGGUGUCUCUGAAGUGUCUCUGAAGAAAAUGGUGAUGAAAAGCAGCAUAUCAAAAUAAUAAUGUUUCAAGUUCCACAAGUCAAUAUUGUUUUCAUAUUAACAAUGAAUAAAAUGAUUACAUUUAAUGUGAAUGUAUUGUUUGGUUGCACAAUUACAAACCCACAGAGAAUGAUCAGCC